UAUUGGAGCAGGACAUAAACACAAGAGCAGCACAACGGAGGGGAUAGUGGAAGAACCGUCUGCCGAAAACACCCCUUAGUUUGGUGGGUUUUUUUCCCGAUAUCUUCCAUCGAGAUAUUUCUUUCCAACUUCAGCUACAGUGAUAGCUAAGUUUGGAGGGGAGGAAAGGGGAGAUACGCUGCAUUUUCUUUUCUUUUUGACGCGAUUAGAUGAAGAAAUAACCGUCAAAACAAAUCCACUGUUUGAAGCGAAUACGCCAGGUCUACUUUCAGCUUUAAAAUGGAAAACUCUGCACCCAAGAAGAAGACAUGCUGUGAAUCUAUUCGAGAUUUCUUCACCUCAGCAAAAUUCCUUAUCUAUAUGGGACAUGCCCUAUCAACGUGGGGUGAUCGCAUGUGGAACUUUGCUGUGGCAGUGUUCCUGGUAGAGCUCUAUGGGAACAGCCUCCUGCUCACAGCCGUGUACGGGCUGGUGGUGGCCGGCUCCGUGCUGCUGCUGGGGGCCAUCAUUGGGGACUGGGUGGACAGGAACCCCAGACUCAAAGUGGCCCAGACGUCUUUGGUCGUCCAGAACAGUUGCGUCAUCGCGUGUGGGAUUCUCUUGAUGGUCGUUUUCCAAUUCAAAGAACAGCUUGCGGAAGCUUACAACGGAUGGCUCCUGACCACCUGCUACAUUCUGGUGAUCAGCAUCGCCAACAUCGCCAACCUUGCCAGUACAGCUACCUCCAUCACCAUUCAGAGAGACUGGGUGGUUGUUGUUGCGGGUCAGGACAGCAGCAAGUUGGCAGACAUGAACGCCACCGUGCGGAUUAUUGACCAGCUGACCAACAUCCUGGCUCCUAUGCUUGUGGGCCAGAUAAUGGCCUUCGGCUCCCAUUUCAUUGGCUGUGGCUUCAUCUCGGGCUGGAACCUGUGCUCCAUGUGUGUGGAGUACAUGUUGUUGUGGAAGGUCUACCAGAAGACGCCGGCAUUGGCUGUGAAAGCUGGUCAAAAAGAGCAGCGUGAAGAGCAGGAACUCAAACAGCUCAGUCCUUCGAAAGAAUCAGAGAACGGCCAAAGUCCUGAGGAGUCAUCUCAGCCACUAAUGAACGAAACCUCAGUGAUCAAGUCGGACUCCCCGAAAAAAACAGGAUGUUGCUAUCAGGUGUCGGAACCCCUCCGCACCUUCAAGGCCGGCUGGGUGGCCUACUACAACCAGAACAUUUUCUUUGCCGGCAUGUCCCUGGCCUUUCUCUACAUGACGGUACUAGGAUUUGACUGCAUCACCACCGGCUACGCCUACACGCAGGGUCUCAACGGCUCAGUCCUCAGUCUACUCAUGGGAGCGUCUGCAGUGUCGGGCAUUUGUGGCACCGUUGCCUUCACGUGGGUUCGCAGGAAGUGUGGCUUGAUCCGCACUGGCUUCAUCUCCGGCAUAGCCCAGCUGUCUUGUCUUAUGCUGUGCGUGGUCUCCGUCUUUGCACCCGGGAGCCCCUUAGACCUCAGCGUCUCGCCCUUUCAGGACAUGUACGGCCAUCUGAUGGGACAGAAGAUGCUGCCUGAGGUCGGCAACGGCAUCACUAGCGCCGUUACUGGUGGGAAUGCUACUACUGCUAGCACACCGGCUGAAGAUCUACCAAUGGUGAAGACCUACAUGUCUGUUGGCUUGCUGUUUGCUGGUGUCAUUGCUGCGAGGGUUGGCCUGUGGUCCUUUGAUCUGACAGUGACUCAGCUCAUUCAGGAGAAUGUGAUCGAGUCAGAGCGAGGCGUAAUCAACGGUGUCCAGAACUCCAUGAAUUACCUGUUAGACCUGCUGCAUUUCAUCAUGGUGAUUCUGGCACCAAACCCGGAGGCAUUCGGUCUGCUGGUCAUCAUCUCUGUGUCCUUCGUGACCAUGGGUCACAUCAUGUACUUCAGAUUUGCCUUCAAGAGUCUGGGUAGUCGUCUGUUCCUCUGUUGCUCGCCGGAGCAGAAGGUGGAGACGGACGACAUCCCUUCAUCUCCUACCACUGUCUAACGUCACUGUCCUUGGUGUAUCUUUCCAAGCUUUCCAUACUCUAGCCUUACAGCACUAACACUUGACUAACACCUUGACAUGCAGCCAAUUGAGUGAUUGUCUUAACACGAGAAAGCUUACUUCCAGUAGUGUGUUAUACAGAAACAUUAUUGAAGCAUUAGUUGCAGGUGAGAGUUUAACAGAGUAGUUUCAGGUGGCAAUUUUGAGGCAAGAAACGUCCAGGGAUGUUUGUCAGGCUGCAUCAAACAUACGCAUAUCAACCGUAUAUGCCUCUCAUUAGCAGCCAUGUCACACAUUUGAAAUGCAACAUUGGUGCUUUGAGUGUAGAGCCAUACUGUUUGUGUGUUAGCUCACACAUGAGAACCAAACACAGGGACUGCAUUCAGGAAAUGCAGGUAGUGUUUUUUUGAUGAUCAUUCAUGGUAUGCAACCACUUCAUUUGCUUUCAGUUACCAAAGUCUUGGGUCAUAUAUGGUGUAAAAGGAAAUGAGGGAAUCCAGGAUCCAUCUUGAAGCUUUCCAAAUAUGUUUUGCAUCAUCAAGGAUUCCAUAGUGUCAUUCAUUCAUUCAUUUUCUACCGCUUAUCCUUACGAGGGUUGCGAGGGGUGCUGGAGCCUAUCCCAGCUGUCUUCAGGCGAGAGGCGGGGUACACCCUGGACUGGUCGCCGGCCAAUCACAGGGCACAUAUAGACAAACAACCAUUCACACUCACAUUCAUACCUAUGGACAAUUUGGAGUCGCUAAUUAACCUAGCAUGUUUUUGGAAUGUGGGAGGAAACCGGAGUAUCCGGUGAAAAUCCACGCAUGCACGGGGAGAACAUGCAAACUCCACACAGAGAUGGCCGAGGGUGGGAUUGAACCCAGGUCUCUGCACGCUAACCACUCAACCGCCGUGUAGCCCAUAUACAGUGUCCUACCAAGUAAUUGUUUUUUUUUUACUUGUUAAUGUCCUCAUAUAGUCCACUUUAAUUUGUUGUAGUUCUCUAGGAUGUUUUCCAAUUGAUUGUUACGCCAGCACUUUAAGUGAUUGACAUCUGACAUUAAGCCUACGGCUAAUGUCUGAGCUGAUAUCCGAUCAUUUGUUUUUGCACAAGUCCGAAAUCCAGAUUCUUUGCCAAGAGGUGGGGUGUGGCUUGAAAAAGUACUCGCAACUAUAGAGUUGAUACAUGCAUAUUCAGAGGAAUUUGUGGGAUAACCCCGACCUUUAUAUUUACAUCACAAACCAACAGCAUCUUAUCAACACAAAUGUCUACCUCACUCACGGUGCAACCAAAAAUAACACCACUUGUGGAACACACAAUACACAACUAACCCACGGACUGCAGGGAUCAAAAUGAUGCAAAACAGUACUAUUGUAGACACAUUUAUAAGCCGCAAGACAUGCUGGGAAGCACACAUAUGCUUCCCACAAGAGGAAGUUACCCAGCAUGACUUGGGGAUGAUAAUUUGUAAUAAUUUAAAUAGUAUAUUAGUGUGUGAGUUCAAUACUCAUAGUCCAUGUUCUGCAGUCACAUCGUGAGUGAGGGGGGGGGUGGAGUAGCCCCCACGGAAACAGUGAAUCUACUGUAUUCAGCAACAAUCCCUGUGAGGCAGGAAGUCUGAAUGUGGGCAGACCCAAGUUUACCUUGGAUAUUCCCAGUUUGCUUCUGAAGGUGGAAUAAUAGCGCAAGUGUCUGCAUAGCCUUGGUGUACCUCAAUGUUUGCAUAUUUUCCAGGGUAACAGAUUCAAUAAAGUAUGUAUUCUAUAUAGUAUCUUAUAGAGAAAUGACUGCAGUAAUUAGGUUUCCUGUCACGCAGAGCCAAACCACACGGAUCAGUCCAUAAAGCUCUUCAGUGGUUCUUUACACCUUCCUCGAUUCCCGCUUUGUUGAAGUGGCAGCACCCCACCCAGGAAACGUAUGCUUGUCCAGCUGGGAUUUUGGUUAUGGUGCAGACAUAUUUGUGUUGGAUGUAGAAAAUAUUGACACUACAUGUGAGAAUUGUAGACUAGGUCUGUAGUAGUACCAAGUACCAGUGCUAACAUCUCUUUAAAAUGGAGCUCGGUUAUCCUUUUCUGAAGUCAGGAAUCGCAAUAAACUAUUUUCAGUGGAAACAAAUAGUCAAUUCUAUAAAUCAAAUUGGGAAAAACAAGUAUGUAUUGUCAUGGUGUUUUGGGUUUUAAAUGUUUUUUUAUAUACUUUGUGUUAAUGUUUUGGGGAUGUAAUCAUUUAUACAACAUUGCAUGAAAGGAAAUUGAUCUGUAUGUUCUUUAAUUUCUUAAAAAAAAUGUAAUCAGAAGUUCAUUUGUAUGUCACUCCGUAGAAUAUAGAUUGAUGGUAACAUGUAUAAUGCAUGAUGUGUCUUAAAUAAACAAUUUGCAGUAUU